CUCAAGCACACUCCUCGCCAAAGAACACCAUAUGCUGUCCCCGUUCAUGCCAGUAGAUCGAUGCGUAUAGCACAGCGAUACAACGGGGCGAUGAGCGCCCGUUAGCUCAGGGAAGCCGUCGAGCCAAUCCGGCGGUAGCUUCCCUGAUCCAGCGCCGUCACGGUCGCCCGCGAACCUGCGCAGGCCCGCCCCAGCCACGCCCAACAGCAGCGAGGCCAACUAUAGCCCCUCCCAUCCCGAAGCGCCAUCAUGGGAGGCGAUAUAUCAGUCUCGCCUUCGUGAUAUCCCUGGUAUCCCUGCUUUAAGACGGGUGCGGGGCAUCGCCAUCGGCGUCCGCCCUUUGCCCUUCCGCCUUUCGUUCGCCCUUCCAACUUUCGCGUUUCCAUCCCUUUCGGCCCCUGUUUUGUCCUUGUUUUCCCGAGUCGCGGUCUGUCACAAAGCCCACCCAUCUACGCACCCCACCCACCCUGGAGGUCGACGAAUCCUUACGAUCGAACACGAGAAGAUGGCCUGGACGGUCGUCACCGGUCUCAUCCUCGGCGCCGUCCUCUGCGCCGUCGCGCUGGCCGCCGUGCUCGUCCCCUACGUCCGGCGCCGACGGUUGCAGCGGCGGGAGACACGCAUGCUCGGGCUCGACCGGGAGUCGAUGGACGCGUGGGCGGAGAAGCUGCGCGAGGUCCCCGUCGACCUCGCGUACGACAGGGAGGGGCUCGGGAGCGUCACGAUAACGGAGGAGUCGGGGUUUCCCCUCUUGACGGGACGUCCGGCGCUCGGACACCGCCCGACGUUCUCGGCCGAGUCCGCGGUGGGGGGCGUCGAGGCGGUGGGGGCGGCGGGGGCGCGCUUGAGGAGCGGGUCGGUGGCUUCGACGUCGGAGGAUACCACCAGACCCGCGCAGGUUCCGGCGGAUAUGCAGUGGCGGCGGGCAGAGCCGAGUUUUCCGGCGGUGACGGAGGAGACGACGCCGUCGCCGACUCUGGAAGAAGCAGGAGACGAGAAAGCAGGUGCGGAACAGCGGGAGCAGCGGCCUGAGGAGCCCAAAGCGCGGGAGGAGCAGCAAGAGCACGAAGAAGAGGUACGGCAGCCGCCCUCGCCCUCGCCGCUCGUCAUCCCGUCGCGCUCCGCGACCGUCAAUACGAAACGGUCCUCCUUCACUUCCUCGCCGCCGUCAACCAUGCUCGGCGCCGACCAACGCGGCAGCCUGCCCUUCAACAUGAAAGGCGGCUCUGCGACACCCGUCUCCGCCGCCGCCGCCAGCUCCGUCUUCUGGACCGACCGCGAAGGCCGCGCCGCCAGCGGCAGUCUCUCCCGCUCCACGAGCGUGCGCUCGCCCGAGGGGCCGUACGGCUCGGACACCCAGACCUCCUCCUCGUCCAACCUCCUCCGCGCGCAGAUGUUCCAGAUAUACGGGAUCCAGCCCGAGGAGAGCCCCGUCUCGCCCGCCGCGGCGAGCUCCGCGGGCCACGCCGUCGCCGACUUCGCCACAGCUGCCGCGCUCGCCAUCCCCCUCCCGCCAUCUACGACGUCGACGUCGACCUCGGCCCCGAUGCCGCCCGUCUCCUUCCCGCGCCAGACGCGCCCGAUGUCCCUCCCCGCGACGCCGUCCUAUCGCCGGGACGACGGACCGCCGCCCAGCGCGCCCCCGACAUCAUGGGCGCACAACGUGCCCGCGUUCCCGCCGCCCCCGCCCGUCCCGCGGCUUCUGCCUCAGCCGCCGUCUGCGCCGCACGCGCCGCAGCCAAGGAGGCUGCCGCGACCACCCGUCGCGCCUCCGGUCCCGCCUCUUCCGCAGGGCAUCUCCGCUCGAACGCCGCAAGGGCUACCCUCGGCACCACCGCCCGUGCCGCGGCCUCGAACGCCGCAGGGGCUACCCGCGACACCGCGCCCUCGGACGCGCAGCCGCGCGAGCGCGCCGAGCGUGCCUCUCAACGCGGUCCAGGGGGUUCAUUCGGAUGCUGCAAGCGCCGUGUCGAUUUCAUGAAGCCAACGGUGCAGGAAGUGAACGACCGAGACCUACGAGCGGAUUUGCGCUUUUUUCAUGUUUUCUUCGCUUUCGUCGCAUGUGUAUACCACUUGUUUGUUCGCCCGUUUUUCUUCGGAUCUUUGCACGCAAAUCCAUACCCCUCCC